AUGCACCUGAGAGGAAACGGGCUUUUGGAAACCAUCGAUAGUUCAAAAACGGUGUCGGAUGAGAAAAAGGCUAAAGCCAUGAUAUUUUUACGACACCACAUCCAUGAUGGUUUAAAGGAUGAAUAUAUUACGAAAGAGGAUCCUUGUGACCUCUGGAAAUCUUUAAAAGAGAGGUUCGAUCACCAGAAAUAUGUGAUCUUACCGAAAGCUAAACACGAGUGGAUCCAUCUCCGGUUCCAGGAUUACAAAAGUGUUAGUGAGUUUAAUUCCGCGAUGUUCGGAAUUACUUCGAGGAUGAUGUUAUGUGGAGAGAAAAUAAGUGAUUAUGAUAUGAUCGAGAAAACUCUCUCCACGUUCCAUCCUGAAAAUGUAAUCCUGCAACAACAAUACCGAGUGAGUGGAUAUACCCGUUACUCGGAGUUGAUGCAAGUCCUCCUUGUAGCGGAGCAGAAUAAUCAACUCGUGACUUUAAACCAUCAAGCUCGUCCCACUGGAUCUGCUCCAUUCCCUGAAGCGAAUGUUGCAUCAUCCAGUUAUGAUAAUAGGAGAGGACGAGGUCGUGGACGUGGUGGAAACCGUUAUCAUGGUCGUGGAAGAGGACGAGGAAGAAGAUUCCGUCCCUAUGAUGAAAGAAAUAAUAAAGACUUCCACGAAAAUGAAAGGAAUGAAAAGGGCCAGGAUGAUAAAAGGCAAACGGGAACGGUUUGCUACAGAUGCGGCAUGAAAGGUCAUUGGGUACGUACCUGUCGUACACCAAAACAUUUAGCCGAUCUGUAUAGAGAAUCCCAAAAGGGAAAAGAGAAAGGAAGAGGUGAAACUAACUUCAUCUCUGAUGAACCUGGGCCAUCCUUUCAUGGUUUAAACGAUGAUACUCAUCUCGACGUAUCAGACUUUCUGGUUGAACCAGAGAAUAUCGAUGAGUAA